AUGUCCGAAUCACCAAGAUCUAUGUGCCUGACGCGGUUCAGCACCCCGGUCCCCGAACUGGAUGACCAUCGCUUCCAACUUGAUUCUCUGCCUCGCAUCGAAGCUACCAUCGAUGUUCCCCUGAGUCGGCAGAAUACCGCUCAGCAGGGUUAUCCUCCCGAGACACCCCAGCGCCCCGAUCUGCUAUCAGUGCAAGCUGCUCUGCGGGAGGCCGGCUCCUACUCGCGUGACUUUGAACAAGCUAUAAUGGAUGAUGAUCGGUCGGACAAGGACGUCAACCCUCUUGGUCGGCGCUUCUCUGUCGAUCCAAAUGGGAAUGUCCGCCAUGGGCGCACCUGGAGUCGAACUCACCAGGAGCGUGCAAACAUGUCGCGAGAAUCAUCCCCGUCCGCCAGGUCCUCUUCGCCCCCAAAUUCGGUUGAGGCUUUUGCGGACCCUCGUCGCCGGGAGCGCGCAAACACUCUCGAGAGCCAUGCUGCGCCAGACCUGGAAGCCAUUCUGCAGCGUACUGUGUCCGGUGGCACUCACCCGCGCCGUCCCACUUUCAGCAAUGCCAGCUUAAUCCGACCGCAGCCAGGCGAUAUCCAGCUGGACGCAAAUAACGAGACGUGCGUUCCGACCUACGAACAACCUGGCAGAAUUCCAGUCAUCGACUACGAGGAGCUGGAGGAAUUUGUGGCUCUGAACCGGGAUCAAAAGCCCUCAACGUCACGCCGGAAGCACAGCCUGAGCUCUCAAAGCCGAGGCCCCCGUGUGUUCUAUGAUCUUCGGCAUGGAGCUCUCAAGUCCGACGUCGACGGAGAGAAGCUUUCGUCGAGCGCGGAGCAUUUAUCCUCGGAUCUCAUGGAUCCUGAUUCGAAAACUCCCGACAAGGUUUAUGCGAAUGCCGUGUGCGAGAAAGACUUGGUCGAAAAGCUCCAGAAUGAAAAUGAGCCGACCCGCUUCGGCUUUUUCUCAUCAGAGUCCCAGAGUACUGUGCACGCGGCCGAGCUGGGCGAUCUGGUGCUCCCCGGUGAUACCUUCCGAGACCUCUUCCAACUUGGUCCGGAGGGCGGCGUGUGGUGGUUGGAUGUCCUCAACCCUUCUGAAGAGGAGGUCGCCGCACUCUCGCGGGCCUUUUCCAUCCAUCCGCUGACUACGGAGGAUAUCUUGACCCAGGAAGCCCGUGAAAAGGUGGAGCUUUUCAAGCAGUAUUACUUUGUUUGUUUCCGCACAUUCUAUCAAGUCGACAAGACGGACGAACGCUUCAUGGAACCCGUCAAUCUUUACAUGGUCGUCUUCCGCGAUGGAGUGCUUUCAUUCUCUUUCACCGAGAAUCCCCACGCGGCAAAUGUCCGAAAGAGAAUCGGAAAGCUUCGUGAUUACGUGUCCCUCAGUAGCGACUGGAUCUGUUAUGCCAUGAUUGACGAUAUCGUGGAUAGUUUCGGCCCUGUUAUUCGUGAGAUUGAGCUGGAAUCUGAGGCUAUUGAAGAUCUCGUGUUCAUCGCGCGUGUGGAUGAUUUCGAAUCGUUCCUGCCCCGCAUUGGUGGUCUUCGCAAGAAGGUCAUGAGCUUGAUGCGCCUCCUAGGUGGUAAGGCAGAUGUUAUCCGCGGAUUUUCCAAACGCUGCAACGAGCAGUACUCGGUGACUCCCCGUGGAGACAUUGGUCUCUACCUGGGCGAUAUCCAAGAUCACGUGGUGACCAUGAUGUCUAACUUGGCACAUUUCGAAAAAAUGCUGAGCCGCUCGCACACCAAUUAUCUCGCGCAGCUGAACGUGACCAACCUGGUCCUGGGCAACCAUGUCAACAAGGUCCUGAGCAAGGUGACGUUGAUCGCUACGAUGCUGGUCCCGAUGAACUUAAUCUGCGGUCUCUUUGGAAUGAAUGUUCGCGUCCCUGGUGAGGGUCAAGAAGGGCUCGAAUGGUUCUUCGGUAUCGUGGGCGUGAUCGCUGCUGUGAUUGUUCUCAGUGGCACUGCGGCUCGGUAUUACAAGCUCGUGUAA